AUGAGGCCUCUGACGUCCUGCAUCGGGAAAGUCAUGGAGCACACCUGCCUCAACAGGGUGACGAUGAUCCUCAACAAGCGGGAUGCCUUCGGCACCCAAAUCAUUGGCUUCCACAGAGAACUUUCGACGCAGGAUGCUAUGCUGCAGAUCAAGGAAAAGGUCGUUAACGCACCAAGCAUACACGUGCGCGACCUACUCGGAUUAGACCUCAAAAGCGCCUUCGAUACAGUAAAACACGCGGCCAUUUUGGACAAGAUCAGACGGCUAGAUCUUGGUUCGAGGUUCCACCUGUACGUCAGCAGCUUCCUGACCGGACGUAGGGCGACGGUGAAGGUCGACGGUGCCCUACCACGAACAGUUGAUAUGGGGGUGCGGGCACGCCGCAAGGACCAGUGCUUGCUCCCAUGCUUUUCAACUUCAUCAUGA